AUGAUGCCUUUCUUGUGGGGCAUGUGGGGCAAUCGAAUGACAUACGGAUCUUCCACAUGUUACUGUUCCUCUACGCAACCCAUUCCCGUGCCCAACCAGGACCUCUUCGUCAUUACGGAAAGAGCCCUCUUCCCUAUGGCGAUGAACACAGGCGGUGGCGCAAAGCAGGACUGUUUAAACCAGGCCUCGUUUCCGCACUGGAAUGACCCUCCCGCACCUGAGCCUUGCGGAAAUCAGUGGUCGUUACCACACUGGAACGACCCUUCCGAAGCUGAGCCUAACGAGAAUCAGAGGUGGCUACCGCGCCCGAAUGACCCUCCCGAAUCCGAGCCUCACGACAACCAGUGGUCGUUACCACACCCAAACGACCCUCCCCAAGCCGAGAUCCUCGAGAACCAAUGGUUGCUACCACACUGGAACGACCCUCCUGGAUACGGGCCUCACAGUAGCUUCCCUCAGCAAGCCCACGUCCUCGAUGCUAGUCAACAGCACGCCGCUCAACAUUCCGAGAAGCAUAGCAGACAAGAUUCGUCAUUUGACAUGCCCGGAUAUUGCGAAGAUGAAAGUCAGAGCACUGUUCAUGAUGCGCCUGAACUUCAAUCGCAGGAAACAUCGAGAAGAAGGCCGUACUUCCUCACUAAUGACGAGUGGCUUCAGCUUUCCAAGGCCGACUCAGACCUCCUUGAUAUGAAAGUUAGCGAGCUUCAUAACCCUGAACUUCUCUCAAGGCGAGCAAAGCUGAUAAAGAAGAUAAGAGAAGAACGAAAAAGAUCAGGAAUUCACCUGGCAUCCAUCCGGCUGCGGUCAGAGAAGGCAAUGCAGAAGGAGCUCAAGCAACGAGCCCAGAGAGAGAAAAAGAUUAUCAUCAAUGAUCUCGAUGGACGUCGCGACAUUGCCUAUUGA